AUGCAGAGUCCAAAUAUAGGCAAAUCACGCAAGGCAGAAGAUAAUGACUGCCUCUCAAGAGAAUACCUCGCUGUUGCUACCACCGCCGCGGACGAUGGGGUCCGAGAACAAGUCAGAAGCACUCUGGCAGCUGUCUUAAUCUAUUCUGCAAUACUUACUGCAGUCGUCACGCCGGUAUUCAUGGAAUGCCUCAAAUCCCUCAGCACUGCCGAUAAAGAGAAUGCGGACUUCGCGCACGUUGGUCACUGGAUUGUUGGAUCAGUGGGAUCAAACUACACCAAUGUUCUCUUUCCUGAUCAUUGGCUCGUCUGGGUCAAUAUCGGUCUUCUGACGUCUAUGGCAUCCAGUAUCGUCUCGGCUAUAGGAGCAUUUCUACUCACCAGACGCUCCCGUUUACUCAAUGUGGGAAUCAGCCUCGAAGACCAGGCCAUUUAUCAGUUUCAUCGUUCCACCAGGCAUACCCUCGACUCAAUUCAUGUCGCCACCAAGAUACUUCCCUCUCUUCUCAUUUUCGCCACUCUCAACUUCCUACUUGCAAUCAUCACAUGGGAAAUUUGCACGAGCGGAUUAAUCGUUUUAUGCUGGCCAUUGAUAUUCCUCUUCCUCUUCUUUGUUAUCCUUCCAUUACUCGGGAAACUCUUCACCAAGACUAAAGAAGCCUUUCAAGGCAGGUUUAUUUCACAAUGCAUUCGCCAAGCAAGACGUGAUCACGAAGAUAUUGCAAGGAGGAAAAUGUACGAGGUCGUCCUCGCCUCUAUCUGCCGUGAUGUCAUCCACUUCACACCACAUAGGCGUAUAAUUACCGCACUGCGCAUCGCUCGUUCCAGCGACUUCGAUACCCAAGAGACCAACUCGCAUUGGUCCGAAAUCUUCUCCGCCGUGAGGCGAAGAUUCGACCGCAAGACUCAACCGUCACAUUAUUCAGACGAGGAUAUUGCUCUCCUUGAACAAAUUUUGCAAUCAUAUUUACUCAACAGGCCCUCCCCAAUACACCAAGCCUUUCUUCCAUACUUCCAUCAUUUACCGACGGACAACGUCGUCUCUAACGAUGCGAUUCCUGCCAUUGUGCAUACCCUUUUGGAUGAGCGGUCAAAGGAUUCGAUUCCUCCUACGUACGAGGCGACCGCAGCCCUCGGGUCGGCUGAGAGAGAACAGGAAGAUAACAUCGACGCAAGAAACGGGUCAAAUAGUGACCAGAGAUGA